GGGGAAGUCUGGGAGGGAGGCGUCAGAAGAGGCUGAUGGGAGAGGAGACAGAGAGGGCGCCAGCUUAGUCUGUACCCACCAGUCCACCGGCCUCUCCAGCAGCUGCUGAGCUAUGAGCCACACCAGAGAUUUACAAGGAGGAAAAGCCUUCGGGCUGCUGAAGGCCCAGCAGGAAGACAGACUGGAUGAAAUCAACAAGCAAUUCCUGGAUGAUCCCAAAUAUAGCAGUGAUGAGGAUCUACUCUCCAAACUGGAAGCCUUCAAGAAGAAAUACAUGGAGUUUGACCUGAAUGGAAACGGAGAUAUCGAUAUCAUGUCCCUGAAGCGAAUGCUGGAAAAACUCGGGGUCCCCAAGACCCACCUGGAGCUGAAGAAACUAAUCAGGGAGGUGUCCAGCGGCUCUGGGGAGACUUUCAGCUACUCUGACUUUCUCAAGAUGAUGUUGGGAAAGAGAUCUGCCAUCCUAAAAAUGAUCCUGAUGUACGAGGAGAAAGCAAGAGAACAGGAGAAGCCAGCAGGUCCCCCAGCCAAGAGAAAUAUCUCUGAAUUGCCCUGAUUUAUGGUAGGGGAGAUGUGGUGGGAUUGAUGGGGUUCCUAAUCACCCCAGCAUGGAAAAAGAACACAGAAUUGUGAGCCACAGUUACACUAAAUUAAAUAAACUAUCCUCCUUCUCCAGA